AUGUCAAGAUUAGAUCGAUUAGUCGUUUUAUUAGAAACAGGAUCUACACCUUUUAUUAGAAACACAGCUGCUGAUCAAUUGUCCGAUCUAGCUAAAGCCCACCCUGAAGAUAUAUUGAGUCUAUUGGGAAGAGUCUAUCCAUUUUUGAAAUCACCAAAAUGGGAAACCAGAAUUGCGGCCGCAAGAGCAUUUGGUGGAAUUGUAAAUAAUGCUGAGUUAUGGGACCCAAAUUCUGAAACCCUACUAAAACAAGAAAAAGAGGAGGAUGAUUUGCUUAAAAGAGAAGAACAAAGUGAUCCAAUUAUUAAGAAAGAAGUUGAAGAUGAUGAAAUUGUUAUUAAGAAAGAACGAGAAGAAGAAUUAAAGAAAAUGGAUGAUAAUUUAUCAAAUUUAGUCAGUUUUGAUGCUUUUAGUUUGCAUGAAUUGAUCAAAUGUGGAACAAAAUUUUUGGCUUCUAAAGCCGAUGACAAUUGCAUAGAGGAUUAUACCAACGAUGUUACAUUGAUUGGUAGAAUUAAAAGACACAGAAGUAGUGUUAUACCCAAUGAGAAGCCAGAUAAGCAAACUACCCCAGAUGAAAAAGACGGUCAAACACCUGUACCUACAUUAAAACAAGAACCAGGUAUCAAACAGGAGCCGGGACUCAAGCAAGAAGCAGAAUCAAAAUCAAAAUCAUUAUCACCUACACCAAAUCCAAAUGAAACCCCAAGUAAACCAGUAUCGAGUGCUAGAUUAAAGGCUAUGCAAAAAAGAAGAGCUAAAGCAAAUGCCAAACAUGGUGCUAACAAAGUACGCUCAGUUGAUAUUUCUCAAAGUUCUAUUUCUAGAAAAAUGAUUGAGAAUGGAGAAGGUAUGGAUAUUGACGAUAAUAGUAAAAAUGGAAAGGACUCAAACCCACAGUUUGAUGUUACAUCUCAACAAGGUGGUGAAAAAUUGGUUGUUGAAGCUAAAGUCGCUGAAUUGUCACCAAUCUUGUCGCAACAUGCAAAAGUCGCAGGUCUAAUAUGGCAAUUCCAAGGGGUGUAUGAAUUGUUAUUAGCUGACUUGUUCGAUGACAAGUGGGAAAUACGACAUGGGGCUGCAUUGGGUUUGAGAGAAUUAGUCAAAAAACAUGGAGGUGGUGCAGGUAGAGUGAUGAAUAAGAGUUUAGAAGAGAAUAAUAGAAAUAAUGCUGCAACUCUUGAAGAUUUAGCUGUUCGUCUUUGUGUUUUAUUUGUUCUUGAUAGAUUCGGUGAUUAUGUUUCCGAUACUGUUGUUGCUCCUGUUCGUGAAUCUGGUGCGCAAACACUAGCUGCGUUAUUAAUUCAUUUGAAUGAAGAAACCGUCUUGAAAGUUUUUGAUUGUUUGAACUCUAUGGUUCUACAGAAAGAUCUUGUUCCAAAAUGCUGGGAAGCUAAACAUGGUGGUAUACUUGGUGUCAGAUAUCUUGUUAGUGUCAGAACGGAUAUCUUAUUAAGCAAUCCAUAUAUGUUUGAUGACGUGGUUGACAUGGUGUUGAGCGGGUUGAAAGAAAGUGAUGAUGAUGUUCAAUCAGUUGCUGCUUUGACAUUAAGCCCGAUUGCAGAACAGUUUGUCACCACGAGAAAGAAUGUUGUCGCCACUUUAUUGUCAGUCAUUUGGGACUGUUUGGUCAACUUGCGCGAUGAUUUAUCUGCUUCCAUUGGUUCUGUUAUGGAUUUGUUGGCCAAGUUGUGUAGUCAUAAAGAAGUUAUUGAAAUUAUGCAGCAAGGUGCUACUGAGGAUAAAUCCAACUCAUUUGAAAAUUUAGUGCCAAGAUUGUUUCCAUUUUUGAGACAUUCUAUUACAAAUGUGAGAAAAGCUGUGUUAAGAACCAUCUUGGAAUUCUUAAAUAUUGAAGACAAUACUACAAAAACUUGGAUCACCGCUAAAGCGUUGAGAUUGAUCUUUCAGAACUUGUUGGUGGAACAGAAACCAGAUGUUUUGCAACUAUCCAUUCAAGUAUACAACAAGUUCUUGUUGGAAAUGAAUCAUACUAAAACAAAUAUGGAUACUGUUUUCACCAAGCAAUCACAGGCUCUAUUGACAUUGACAAUGACGCCAAUUGGUAUUUCAAGACACAAUUAUUACAUGAGUACUGAGUUAAUUAUGAGACCAUCGGGUGAAAUGUUGGGACCAUUAAAAGAUGAUGAUCGUCGUGGUAAGAAACGUAAAUCGGAAGAACCAGUCAGUGAUAUCCCUAUUGAAGAUUUGAAAGUUAAUAUUGAUUCCCCAAUUUAUAAAGGUGAUGUGCUGUUGAUUGGUUACGAUAAGUUGAUUGGUAUGAGAUGCGCGGCUGCCACUGCCUUUGGUAAGACAUUGUCAUACAUUACCACCGAAGACAAAUUAUUAAAAAUUUUCGAAGCAUUAUUAGGUUACUUGAAAUCGUGUCAUGCUACUUCUAGAUUAUUGGCAUCUUUUGUUAUAGAAGAGUACGCAAAUGCAUUACAUGAAAGAUCAAUAGAAAUACCAGCCAAAGUUGUUGAAUUAUUAGCUGAGCCACUAACUAAUGUCUUGCAAAAACCAGAAUCAUUGCCUGCAUUUAGAGAAUUGGUUCCUACUUUGAAAUCUGUCAGAACAGCAUGCUUGCAGUUGUUUGAUGUUUUUAUAAAUACUGCGAAGAUUUCUUCUUCCAAGAUUCCACAAAUGCCUGUUGUUAUUCAAGGAGAAGCCGAAGCUGGUCCUGGUGCAUUUGGACUUGAAAAUGCUGAAAAGAUAGUUCAUGAAACUUUUGAUAAGUUAAAGAAACAUUUAUCCGCAAGUCAUAGAAUGUCAGCAAAUCAAGCUCUUGAAGAUACCAAACAUAGAAUACAAAUAGCUAUAGAAGAAUCUCGUUCAGUAUUGGCAUCAAGAACAAACAGUAUAUUAGCUGGUUAUGCGGCUGCAAGCUUGGCUUUGACAGGAGUACCUAAAAAACUUAACCCAAUUAUCAAGUCAUUAAUGGAAAGUGUCAAACUGGAAGAGACAUUGGUCUUACAAAAAAGAUCUGUUUGUUCUGUUGCCAAAUUAGUUGAAUUGCUUAAUAAAUCUGGUAAAAAAGGUGCAGUUGACAAGAUUGUUAAAAACUUGUGUGCAUUUUUGUGUGUUGACACUUCUGAAGUUCCAGAAUUCCAUCAUAAUGUCAUUUACAAGGAUAAUAUUUUAUCAUUGAGAAAGGAGGAAGCACAACUUGAUCCUGCAGAUAUUGCAGCUCAUGAGAAAGCUGUUCGUGAAGCAAGAGUUAAAAGAAAUGGUGCUUUGAUGGCAUUGGAACAAUUAUUGCUCCUCUAUAAAUCCCAAUUAUUUGUCGAAGUUCCUAAAUUGAAAGAAUUAAUGAUUGAACCAUUGAAAUUAUUGGCUAAUACUGAAGAAGUUGCCCUGGAUGAAAUGAAAGGUCAAAGUGUGAUUGAUGCUUUGGGGAUCGUGCGUGCCUUGUUGCCAAAAAUGGACAAGUCAUUGUAUCCUGAUAUCACAGAUAAUUUGGAAUUGUUGUUACCUGGAUUGCAAUCCGAAUAUUCAGUUUUCAGAUACUCUACUGCAAAAUGUUUGGCAACAAUUGGUUCGGUGUUCCCGACUAAAGCAUUCCACCUUUUUGGUUAA